AUGAGUUGCAUUGAUAAAGGCGAAAAAGAUAUAAACGAUGUUUUUGAUGACUUGCUGCUUAGCGAAGAGAAAGUUAUAGAAAAAGCCUACGAAGAGGGAUUUAAUAAAGGUAUCAAUCAAGGAAACCCCGAGGGAUUUCAUUUAGGCUACCACAGAGGGUCUGAAUUUGGUGCUGAAUUAGGUUAUUAUGCUGGAGUUGUAGAAACUUACAUGAAAUAUUUGGAAAAAGCAGGCACCAAUGAAAGAGUUCACAAAACCAUUGAUAUCCUAAAUAAACUAAUAAAACAUUUUCCAAUUGUUAAUGACCAUAAUGCUGAUAUAAUAGAGUUAAUGAAUGAAAUAAGGGCUAAUUUUAAAAAGUUGUGUGCUCAGUUAAAAGUUAAUCUAUCUUAUCCUGAUCUAGAUGAAUUAUCAUUUUGA